GGUAAUCUAAACAAUCGAGAUACAAAGCAGAAAAUAGCAACACCGUUCCAACAGCUGUCACUAGCAGCAUGUCAAAUUUGUUUUGAACUUUCAAACAACAACUUGUAAGAACUUGAAACAGGGUGGAAACUAGUAUAUUUUAGUAGUUUAUCUUGUAUACUUCAGAUUAUACUACAGUAAUAUUAAAAAAAAUAAAAAUUUUGAGUGACAGAUAUAGUGAUAUACCAAGAUGAGUUCCGACGAAGAAAAUGAAGAUAUUCCAACUUGGAAAGGUGUACCGGCUACAAUGAUAUGCAUCAACACUUUCGGCUCAACUAUUGGUGCGGCUCAAGUGGCUCACGCGGCCACUUGUAAUAUGAUACGCCAGUACUUACGGGAAGCUAGCUCUCAACUAAUAGGAGUUUGUCUGUAUGGCACAGAAGGAUCCAAUACAUCCGUGUUUGGGAUCAAAAGUGUUGAAGAGGUUUUCCCACUUUCAUUACCAAACUUAAACAAUUACAAAAAACUUCAAUCUAUUAAUAUUUCAUCACUCAAGCAAGCCAAAGAAUUAAUAUUAUCAGAUGUGCUUUGGUAUUGCAAUAAAGCAUUUGCAAGUUGCAAUAAACAGCUAUCAACAAGGAAAAUUAUAAUUUUGUCAAGAUUUGAUACCCCUCCAUCGAAAUCAGAUGAAAGGCCAACAUUCAAGAGAGUUGAUGACUUGGUUACGGCUUAUAUUCAAAUAAAACUAAUAAAUGUUUCAGAAACUGAAUAUGAAAUCAAUCCAUUUUACAAGGAUUUUCUAAAAGAGGUUAAUAGAGAAGAAGUUAAUUUACCAAAGCCUGUUUGGGAUCAGAAAGAGAUCAAACAACUAAUGUGUGAAGAGGCUCACCGCCACCUAGCUGUUGCUCGAAUCACUUUCGAGAUUGGUGAGGGUUUAGCUUUAGGCGUGGGAAUAUACAGUCUUCUGAAAUCAAGUAUACAGCAAAAGAAGUCAGAUCUUCACAGAGAUACAAAUGCUAUUCUUAUUGGUGUUAACAAAACUAUGAAGGUGAAAAUAGACAAUGAUGAUGGAAUGGAUGUAGAUGAAGAAGAGCAGGAACCAAAAUCUGUGCCUUUGCUGAAGUCUGAAACAUUAAACUAUCAGACAUAUGGUGAAGAGAUGGUUGAAUUCACAGAUGAUGAAUUGAAAUUACUAAAAAACCCAUUUGGGCCCCCUAUGCUUAAGCUUCUUGGGUUUAAACCAGCCAGCAUUAUAUGCAAAGAAAAAUGGUUUAUAAAACCAGGUUAUUUCUUGUUUCCCAUUGAAAAUAUAAUAGAAGGUUCCACAGUAGCAUUUAAAGCCUUUCAUAAGGCUUGUGUUGAGAUGAACAAGGUUGCCAUAUGUGUGCUGUGUACUAGAGUAAAUUCAAGGCCUUGCAUUGUUGCUCUUUCUCCCACCACUAAGCCUCUUGGGCUUAAUGUGGAAACAGGGUUUGAUGUAAUUAGACUCCCUUUUGUAGAACAUGUCAGAAAUAUUCCUAUGUAUGAAGAUGAUGAAGAAGUUCAAAUUACUACAGAAAACAAAUCUGUAAUGAAGGAUAUCUUGAAAACCCUUUGUUUUGAUUAUAAAGCUGAUGUAUUUGAAAAUCCAAAACUUCAAUCGCAAUAUCGGGCUAUUGAAGCAAUUGCUUUAGAAGAAGAUGAUGUGGAGCCAUUUGUAGAUACUACAAAACCUAGCCCAGAUAAGUUUCGAAUAAUUAAAGAUGACUUAUUUCAACAAAUGUUUGCUCCUUUUGGAUCAGUGGCUGUAAAGAAAUUUUCGAGCUCAAGAGAGGGUGGACCCGAAAGCAAAAAGGCUAAAGUUGAAGAUAUUGAUGAAAAUUUACUUAGAAAGAGACUUGAUACUAAAAAGGUAGCUGAUUACACAGUACGCCAAUUGCAAGACAUUUUAAGAUCCAAGGACAUUCCUAGUUUGCCUGCAUUAACAGGCUUGAAAAAGAAGGAUCUCGUUGAAUUAGUUUAUACGCAUUGGAAGUAAUUAGUUGAGACUUGUUGUACCUGUGUCAAAAAUAAAAUGUUAUUUUUUUGUAUUUUUGUAGUGUCGUUUCUUUUGUAACAAAUUACAACCUAUAAGAAGAGA